CGGCUACAUCCUUACUUGCUUGACGUUGCUUCAUCUCUCUUGACUAGACGUCAACGACCACGCAAAAGCACGCACACACGAUGCCGAUCAAACGCACCAUGGACGAGGUCGACGCGAUCCUCACCCGCCCCGGAUCGCUGUUCGAGCUCACGACCUUCCAGCACCCGUGCGGCGCGACGGUGAAGAACUACAAGCAUUCCCCGCCCAACCACCGCGCCUUCCUCGAAGCCCAGCUGAACAAGUUCCCCGAGCGCAUCUUCCUCUCCUCGUCGAACGACGGGCCGGGUCGUCAAAGACUAACCUACAAGCAAACGCACGACCUCGCGAUCCGGCGCGCGGCGUGGCUGCGCUCGAAGCACGUCGGCGUCGGCACGCGCGUCGCGCUCGCCGGGCAGAACUGCAACCAAUGGGUCAUCAACUGGGUCGCGCUGCACUACCUCGGCGCGGUGCCCGUGUACGUCAACACGACGCUGACGCUCGAGGCGAACAUCCAUUGUUUGGCGCUCGCCGAGCCCAAGCUGGUGCUGGUUGAUGCGGAGACGGCAGAGGUGUUCGGCCCGGUGAGGGACCAGCUGAGCGUGCAUUACGUCGGCGAGUUGUGGUGCUGGGAGAGCAACGCGAAGCUGUCGCCGGCGGUGCGCAAGGUCGUCCCGCAAAUCGACGACUCGAAACUCACCCCCGCCCUCCUCAACUCGGUCAUCUGGGGCGCCGGCCUCGAGGGCCUCGGACCGGCGUCGGACGGCUGUAUCCUCUUCACGUCGGGCACGACGGGGUUGCCCAAGGCUGUGAUCUCGACGCAGACGGCCGGGCUGCAUAAUGUCAUUUCGGGCAUGGCUAGCGGCGCCCGCGCCCUCCUCCGCGAAGGCAAGAUCGACGACCCCUCGCAGAUCCCCCCACCGGCCGUGCAGCCCUCCAACCUCCUCGUCGUGCCCCUCUUCCACGCGACGGGCGGGCAGGCGUGGCUCAUGCGCAUGCUCGGCGUGGGCGGUAAGCUCGUGUUCAUGGGCAGGUGGCGCGUGCCGGACGCUAUUGAGGUUAUUAAGAGUGAGGGGGUGAACAUGUUGGGCGGCGUCCCCGCCAUCCCCGUGGCCAUCAUCAACCACCCGUCCCUGCCCAAAUCCCAACAAUUCGUGACAAUCUCGUACGGCGGCGCGCCGUCGCCCGACCGCCUCGUGGGCGACAUUCACAAAAAGUGGCCCAGCGCGAUGGUGAUCAACGGCUGGGGCAUGACCGAGACCUCGGCGCUGCACGCCGCCCUCGGCGGCAUCGACCUCGCGCAGCACCCCAACUCGUGUGGCCGCCCCGUGCCGUGCUGCGAGGUCAAGAUUGUCGACCAGGAGACCAAGCAGGAGGUUGCGCCCGGUGCUGUUGGUGUGCUCCUCGCUCGUGGGCCCAACGUCAUGACGAGGUAUCUGGGCAACCCGAAGGCCACCAGGGAAACCCUCGACGCCGACGGCUGGCUCGACACGGGCGACAUGGGCCGCCAGGACGAGAACGGGUUCGUGUACAUCGUCGACCGGGCGAAGGACAUCAUCAUCCGCGGCGGUGAGAACAUCUCCAGCGUGGAGGUCGAGUCGGCGCUGUACCUCGACGACCGCAUCGCCGAGGCCGCGGCGGUCCCCGUGCCAGACGACAAGCUCGGCGAGCUGGUCGCGGCGCUCGUGAGCCUGCGCCCCGGGGCGCAGGCUACAGGCGCGUCGUUGCGUGAUGCAGUCGCGCACAAGCUGCGGCGACAUGCGCGGCCUGUCAUCGUUGUGAUUCACAACGAGCUGAUCCCCCGCAACGGCAACGGCAAGGUCAUCAAGACCGACUGCAAGGAGAUUGUCAUCGCUGCGUGGGAGAAGGAGAAGAAUGCGCCGAGGGCCAAGCUGUAGAGCGGGCCCACGAGCAUAGAGCGGAG